CGCCAGAUCUUGCUUCUCUCUGGAGCGAACAAUCACAAAAGCAGCCUCAACAACAAAGCGACCCCUAGGAUCCCUCAACCACCGAUCUCCGUUCAGCCUUGAUUGGGUGUGUGUUGUGGUGGCCUGCAUCCCCGCCAUGUACAUCAAGCAGGUCAUCAUCCAGGGCUUCAAGUCCUACCGAGAGCAAACCGUGGUCGAGCCCUUUGAUCCCGGACAUAAUGUGGUGGUGGGUCGAAAUGGAUCGGGCAAAUCGAAUUUCUUCUACGCCAUUCAGUUCGUUUUAAGCGAUGAGUACUCGCAUUUGCGGCCGGAACAACGCCAAGCUCUCUUGCAUGAAGGCACGGGUCCACGGGUUAUAUCCGCUUACGUGGAGAUCAUUUUCGAUAACUCUGACAAUCGACUACCCAUCGAUAAGGAUGAGGUGUUCUUGCGUCGGGUGAUUGGCUCGAAGAAGGAUAACUAUUUCUUGAACAAGAAAAUGGUUCCCCGUUCAGAGGUGAUGAAUCUACUGGAAUCCGCGGGAUUUUCCCGGGCCAAUCCAUAUUAUAUCGUGAAACAGGGCAAGAUCAAUCAGAUGGCCACGGCUCCGGAUUCUCAACGGUUAAAAUUAUUACGGGAAGUGGCGGGCACCAGGGUGUAUGACGAACGUAGAGAGGAGUCCAAGACCAUCUUGAAAGAAACUGAGAGUAAGCGCGAGAAGAUUGACGAGUUCUUGAAGACCAUCGAGGAUCGACUCGCCACCUUGGAAGAGGAAAAGGAGGAGCUGAAGGAGUAUCAGAAGUAUGACAAGAUGAGACGUGCAUUGGAAUACACGAUCCAUGACCGGGAGCUCCAAGAAACCCGCAAGAAACUCAAUGAAAUGGAGAGCAAGCGCAAGAAUUCGGGGGAUGACGCAGAACGGCUCCGAAACGCCCUCCAAGAAGCCCAAGAUUCGGCCAAAUCUGCCAGUCGCGAGGUGAAAGACCUCAAGGUGAAAGAAGCCGCAGCCAAAGAAGAGCGGGACAAUUUAAAUUCCGAGCUGCAACAAUUGACGAAGGAGAAAACGCGACUCGAGUUCGUCAUCAAGGAUUUGAAAGAUGAGGUGAGUGGUGACAACAAGUCCAAGGAUCGAGCCGAGCAAGAGCUCACCAAACUCAAAGAUACCAUUGCUGUCAAAGAAGGCGAAUUGGAAAAGAUCCGACCCCAAUAUGAGGAGAUGAAGAAGAAGGAGGAUGAAUGCACUCGGGAAUUAGCCCUCAAGGAACAGAAACGUAAAGAACUGUACGCUAAGCAAGGUCGAGGAUCCCAGUUCACGUCCAAGGAACAACGAGAUGAGUGGAUCAAGAAGGAGCUCAAGUCCCUGAACAAGCAAAUCCGAGAUAAGACUGAGCAAAUCGAAAAAUUGACCGAGGAUCUGAAGCGUGAUUCGAAACGACGUGGAGAGCUUGAAAAGAAAAUCGACGAAGCCACCAAUGAGCAAGACAAUUUCCGGACCAAUAUCGACGACCAGAACAAGGGCUUCUACGACUUGAAGAAACAAAAGGAUACCCUCCAAACCGAACGAAACGAGUUGUGUCGCAAGGAGAUGAAUCUCCAACAAUCUCUCUCUGCCAUGAAAGAGGAGCUCUCUAAGGCUGAUCAAACCCUCCGAUCCAUGGCUGGCAAACCGAUCUUGAACGGUCGUGACAGUGUGAGACGAGUGCUUCAAAUCUUCCGCGAUAAAGGCGGGAACUGGGCUCAAAUUGCCGAAUCAUAUUUCGGUUUGGUGAUCGAAAACUUCGAGUGUGAGCAAAGCAUUUACACGGCCGUUGAGGUGACAGCGGGAAACAGACUUUUCCAUCACAUUGUCGAGUCAGACAAGGUGGGAACGCAAAUCUUGAAAGAGAUGAACAAGCAGAAAUUCCCCGGCGAAGUGACAUUCAUGCCUCUGAAUCGCUUGCAUGUGCGUCAAAUCGAGUAUCCGCAGACCAAGGACGCCAUCGCCAUGGUGUCCAAAUUGGAGUAUGAGGAUCGCUACGACAAGGCUUUGAGAUACAUUUUCGGACGAACGUUGAUAUGCCGAAAUCUGGAAGUUGCUACCCAACUGGCCAGAACCACGGGAUUGGAUUGUGUGACGUUGGAUGGCGAUCAGGUCAGUUCGAAAGGCUCCUUGACGGGUGGAUACUUCAACAAAUCCCGAUCUCGGCUGGAGAUUCAAAAGACGCGCUCUGAGAAGAAUGAAGAGAUCAUAACCCAAGAGAGUGACAUGAAGAAACUCAGGAAUAAAUUGCAUGAAAUUGAGGCCGAUAUCAAUCGCGUGGUGUCCGAAAUGCAGAAAAUGGAGACCAAAAAUAGUAAGGCCAAGGAUGUAUUUGACAAAGUUCGCACGGAUGUUCGACUGAUGAAGGAAGAGCUCAAUGGGAUUGAGCGAAGUCAAAACCCCAAGGAAAGGUCUUUAACCCAACUCAAGGCCUCGUUGGAGUCUAUGCAAACCUCGAAAGAGGGCCUUGAAUCGGAGUUGAAUCAAGAACUCCUCGCUACCCUCUCCACUAGAGAUCAAAAAGAGGUUGACACUCUCAAUGACGAUAUUCGAGUGUUGAAGCAAGAGAACAAGAAAGCCUUUGCCGAGCGUAUGCGUUUAGAAGCCCAAAAGAACAAGUUGGAGAAUCUCUUGACCAAUAACUUGAAUCGUCGUAAGGAUGAAUUAGUGCAGGCCUUGCAAGAGAUCUCCGUGGAGGAUCGAAAGAGACAAUUAGAAAACACCGGCAACGAAUUGGAAUCCCUGGACUCGAGGAUAUCGAACAACUCCGACUCGCUAAAGUCCUUGGACAAGAAACUCGCCGAAGUCCAGAAGAAACGCAAGAAAGCUCAAGGUGAGUUAGAAUCACAUCGUCUCCGUGAACGCGAGAUUGCGGACAAGAUCGAGGAGGAUGCCAAAGAGCUCGAAAAGAUGGCCUCCAAGCAAACUGUGUAUCAGGCCAAAAUCCAGGAGUGCACCAAGAAAAUCAGGGAUCUUGGCUCGUUACCCACAGAUGCGUUUAGCAAGUACAAAAACAUGUCCCAGAAGCAACUCUUCAAACAGUUGGAGAAGGCCAAUCUCGAGCUCAAAAAGUACAGCCACGUGAAUAAGAAGGCGUUGGACCAGUUCAUCUCAUUCUCGGAGCAGAAGGAGAAACUCAUGUCCAGAAAAGAGGAGUUGGAUCGCGGCAGAAAGAAGAUCCAGGAUCUCAUGGACGUCCUCGAGCAACGCAAGUUCGAGGCCAUCCUUUUCACGUUCAAACAAGUCUCCAAGUACUUCCAAGAGGUAUUCAAGAAGCUCGUUCCUACUGGUCAGGGUACUCUCUCCAUCAAACGAGAAGCCGAUGACGAAGGCGAUUCUCACGAGGACCAAGCUCGACGCCUUGAAAACGCCACCGGCGUGUCUUGUUCAGUAUCCUUUUCCGGACGUAACGCCGAAAUGAAAGAUAUGGCCCAACUCUCAGGAGGACAAAAGUCCCUUGUGGCUCUAGCCCUCAUUUUUGCCAUUCAAAAGUGCGAUCCAGCUCCAUUUUACCUGUUCGACGAAAUCGACGCUGCUUUGGACGCAAUGCAUCGAAAAGCAGUCGCUGAUAUGAUCCAUGAGUUGGCUGAUGGUGCACAAUUUAUCACCACCACCUUCCGACCGGAACUGCUGGCACAUGCGAGUAAAUUCUACGGUGUAAAAUUCAGAAACAAAGUUUCCCAUGUAGAUUGUGUCACUCGCGAAGACGCCUACGAUUUCGUUGAAGAUGAUACCACUCAAAAUUAACUCUCGGAACUUCCACCCCAUCCCCUCCUGAUCUUAGUUAUACACCGAUACUUGCAUAUUACCUCCAAAGUCUUAUGUGUUCGUGAAUUUUACAUGUAUAAUUGUGCAUCUAAUCUAUAAUUAAAUCGAUAACCGUC